GAACAGGUGGGCUGCAGAGUGUAUAACAAAAUUUGAAGCUGAAUAGCGUCCGAUAAAUAUGUAAGAAGAAGUGUGAGGACAUGAGGACCUAGCGAGAUGACUGAGAUAACGUACGAUCGGGAGGAGUCUGUCCUCAGAGGACAGAUACCCCUACACAAGUUCAAGGAAAACUUGGCAGAGUUGAAGCUAGAUGAAGUGACAGAUAUAAAUUUCAGUAGCAAUGGCUACUGCACAGAUGCGGUGAUCAAAGUGAUACGUGACCAUACAAAGGGAACCACUUUAAAGAAUUUGAAGACUGUGAACUUGUCAGGAUGUGACCUGUUAACUGAUCAUGGCAUGAAGUGGUUAGCUGAGGUGAUAGCAGGAGCCCCUGUCAGUUCUAUCAACCUAGACUCCUGUGAGAAAAUCACUGAUGUUGGAGUAUCACUUCUGAAUGAGGAACUGAAGGAGGGACUAUGUAGAAUAUCAGUCAGGGACAUAUCACUCAGAUAUAUUACUACACUCAAAAGAAAAAUUAUAGUUGGAACACCUGUUUUCCCACACAUAGGAGAUACCUCGGAUAACAAGACAGGAAAUGUCCUAAUUGUUCCCCACCCCAGUGUCAAGCAGAGUCUGGCUAGCUCCCUGAGUGGGGGGAGUGUGACUGCCAGCGAGGGGCUUCAUCACUACCCCCAGGUCAAGUUUGAGGACGACUGGAAACUGAACAUUAAUGAAGUCAGCAUAAACAAUCCCCUGUUUGAUGUGCUGGCCAGCAGUAAUCCAGUACAGGUUAUCAUUCCAUUUGAUGCAUCAGCUGUCCCAAAAGAGGUUUCCUCCCAUGUCAAGGACACCAUUACCAGGAUAUCCAUGAGGGAAAAAGCCAGUCCCCUGAUGGAGAGACACAGCCGACAGCUAAUGAGGACUGGGUUUGACAGCGCUGAUUGCUUCAUGGAUAAGAAAGCCGUAAUUAAACAUGAUUUGGAUAUUGAGACAGGGAUUUUAACAAAUGUUACCAUGAAGAAUAAAGAUGAAACACCUGGCUGUUACUUCUCCAGACAGCCUUUCUCCAAGUCUUAUCCUUACUUUGAGAUUGAGUUGAUUGAAUACAAUGGAGAUUUAACAGCAAAACAAGAUGAAGAAAAGGAUGGUAUUAUUAUAGGUUGUCUUCACGAGCAGUCCUUCAUCUUCAGAAAUCCGAUGGAUUCCAAAGUCGACAAGGGUGGAGAAGUCCAAGUCUUUGAGUUUAAAAAGAUAGGUGACAGAUAUGGGUUUGGAAUUCAAGGAGAAUGGGAGUCUGAAUAUAUGGCUGGUGGAAAUUGCACCUUUUAUUCCACUAUUAAUGGAGUGGAUGCCACUGAUAAAUCUAUGCUGAGUGGAGACCCACUAACAACCAGGAACUACUACCCAUUUGUGACGGUUAUAUCAACCGUCAAAGCUAAAGUGAAGAUCCUGCACUACUCGGCACCACCAAAGGAAUUUUUAUUGCCGAUGAAUGUGGAGAAUAAGUGGAUUUCACCCAGCUACCUGUUUAAUAUGGUAAUCAACAAACAAGGAUUGAUGAGCACUUGUGCUUUUUCCAAUCGGUCUGAGGAUUCGCAUUACAUCUCAGAGACGAGCAUUGGGACCCUAGACACACCACACACAUCAUUUACAUUCAAGAUUGUAGACCUGGGGAAAGAUUCAAAAGUGGUUUUUGGGAUUGGUAAAGAAGACCAUGUUUUUGGAACCAGUCAAGACUACUUGGCCUUUAUAUGCAUGGAUGGAGGUGUCAAACAUGGAACAAGGGAACUAGAAUUGACUGAAAAAGGCAGCAUACCUCAGAAAGAAGAUGAAAUUACCUUCAAAUGGUACAUUGAAAGACAAGCUGAUGGUUUUAGUGGAACCAAAGAAUGCAAAACAGAAGUCUUGAAGAAUGGAAAGCUGUAUUGCACACAUGAUUUUCCUUACACCUUUGUGGAUGGUUUGCCCCGAAACAAGGUCAUUGCCAAAUAUGUCACAGGAAGUGUGAGAAAAAUCCGCUUAUUGCAGCACCUACCCAUCUACAGACAGCCGGGAGUCAUACGAGAUCAAAUUACACUGGGCUACAUAAGAAGAGUAAUAGUCUCAGACGAUGGAACCAUGGAAUGUGGGGCACAGCACGGGAUCAACACAUUUGGAAUUUUUGUUGCCAAAACCCAAUUUAACACGUCCUUGACCUAUUUUGAGAUGGAGGUGUUGGCUUGUCCAUCCCGAGUGACCAUAGGUGUAGCACAUUAUGACAAGCCUCCAGGAUUUUAUCUCGGCAUGAACCAGUGUGAAGUCGGUCUCCAUAAUACCUCAGAGCUGUCCCAGGUUGCACUAGGAACAAAGAUGACGAGCAGGGCCUAUAAUGUCGGUGAUGUGGUAGGGUGUGGAGUGGAGGGCGACUUUGAUGACGAGGGUUAUCUGGUACAGGAGCAGGAGGUCACAGUGUACUUUACCAGGAAUGGAGAAAGGAUUGAGACAACGAAAAUAUUCUAUUGCUCUGAUGGAAUGUAUCCCUCCAUAAUGGUGGAGAAGGCUGGGUGCAAAGUAAAGGUUCUCAAAUAUUACUCAGAGACAAGAGCUCAUAGGGAGGAAGCACUAGCUGCAAAACAAUCAGCAGAAAAAUCGGAUGAGAAGGAUAACUAUCCAUUAGAUGGGGAGAAAAUCACAUACUCUGGUUGUCAGUAUACAGUGGUAGGGGUGGAAUCUGGGUCAUCUGACGCUGCUGGGAAAAUCCAAAUUCUAAAGAGCAUGGUGGCCUUGGAAGAUUUGGCUACUUCACCAGAAAUUCAACAAAUCCGAGCAAAGAAAGAGGAAUUAGAAAAGAAUUUCUCAAACCUGACUUUGGAAGAACAAACAUACUAUUCUCGUCUUUGUGUGGCUGAAGAAAACAUUCAGAAUCUACAGAGCACGCCAGGUCGACUCAACUUUACCACAGCAGAUAUAGCCAGCGACAAGGGUUUGGUAGAACUGCGGAAGAUCAUUCAGCAUACCUACAAAGCUCACAGAAUCCAGCAGCUACCCAAGUAUUUAGUGCCUAAAUUUUUACCCUAUCUUGGUGAAAAAAUCCAAGAGUGCUUGGGUCGACUCAAACUCCUGCCCUGUCUGGUGUCCACUUGUGAAGAUCAGGGUGUCAGCCUUCUGGAGGAAGUCAAAAAGUCGUUUGAAGGAAACUUGUCUGGAACCAUGCUACUGCACAUGCUAGACAUUCUCCAUGAACAGGGAUUGUUGAUAAUUGCAAAAACUGGGAAGUCCACUCAGGCCAUCGACAUCAGGUUUGCCUCAGAGAUGAUCAAGAGAUUGGAGAAAUUCUCUGCUACGGAGACAAUGGGAAACGGAAAAAUAACGUCAGCCAUUGGUCAGAGUUCCCAUGUGUGGUCACGUAACUCCCUAGUGUCCAACAUUGUCAAGGAGAUGGAUCCUGAAAAAGUCUGUCAGAUUCUGGUGUUUUUAGAGGGCUACCUUGGUCUGAUCAAGAUUCCUCUGUGGAGAGAGUCAGAGAAGGAUGAGCAUUAUCUGUAUUCCACGGCUGCCAACCUGUCACCCCCACCCGUAAAACUGCGAGACUUCUGGAGUAAGGGAGAGGCCACAAAGAACUUUGUAGUGAUACAGAAGACGUACAGCUUCGUUCAUGAUUUACCAGAAUACCUCAUGUCAUUGGUCCUUGCUGCUGUCUCCCACUAUGGACGACUUAUUGCCAUGACGAGUGAUGGUGCUGUCUUACAAAUGGGAGCAGUGCAGACCACCAUUAUUCAGCACACUGGCAUUGUGGAUAAAAGAGUUCUGUCGGUGGAGUCUAAAUGUUACAUUCCGGACAAGAAAACAGAUCUUCUGAAUGAGCUGACAGAGAGUUACGUGUGGGACUAUACAUUCCGGAUCAUGUGUUUGUACACUGAUUAUAUAGACCGCAUCAUCCAAUGGCAGGGGCUGGUUCCUAUAAUCACCCACAACUACCCAACAGGUCAAGUGAAUGUGUCCUUUGGUUGCUCACAUAAUUGGACUCCAUUUCCCAAUGUGCAGCAAGUGCAGUCUGUCUGUACACUGUGUAACCGCUGUUGUGAGAAGGGAGAUAACUGCUCAUGGAAUGGCAUCAUGGGAAAUUACUUCAGAGAAUGCUGUUGUAAGACAAAGCAAACAGGCUGUGUGGAUUGUGGAAUUUGUGUCACCUGUGCCAAAGAAUUAUGGAAUCUGCGUAGUGAACUGAGACCUAUGCCUCUAGUAUUUGACAAGGUUAGAGAUGUUCCUCAAAUAAGCAUGAACCCGGUGACCUUUAAUGAGAUCGAGAUCACAGUACACUCAGGACUUUGUCCACCAAUAUGUCUGAAAAACAUUCAAGAAGGUUCUGUAGUAUUGACUGCCCCAGGAAAACCCAGCUCCAUACAAGAGGCUGAGCCCGACAAACUCAAACAAAGGAUCGAGGCUAUUGCUAAGGAGUCUGAAUUCCCAAUUAGAACAAAAGAUAAAGUCAAAAUCAGGCUGACUGAUCCAUUGGGUUUUGUGAAAGUCAAAGUGAGUGACACAGCCCAGAAGUCGGUACAGAGAUUUACUUACUAUGCCAUCCAAUGCAGAGAAGUGACAUUAUUUCAGGAGGCUGGCAUUUUAUGCUACAAUUCCUUCUCCUCUGCUAUGCCAGUUGGACAAUUCAUUGGACCCAAGCCCUUCUCCAGCAGCUUACGAAGUUUCUCCUUCAAAAUUUUGGAUGAGGGCCUUGACAAAGCUCUAACAAUAGGAAUAGCUCCCUCCACGUACGAGGCCAACAGACAGCCCGGCUGGAACAGAUACUCCUUCGCCUAUCAUGCUGAUGAUGGAGGAAUAUUUCUUGAGAGAGGCUACUCAACUACAAAGAAAGAGACCUGUAAGAAAGGAGAUAUUAUGGGUGUCGAUUUUGAUGAAAACACCAGAGUACUCAAGUUUUACAAAAAUGGAGAGGAGAUGUAUACCACUACGAUCAAUGUGAAUCCUAGAGGAGGAUAUUAUCCAAUGAUAGGGAUGCAUUCACCAGGGGAGUGUGUAAAGCUGUUAGAAGUGCAUCCAUGGAUACCAGACUCUGCAGAUAAAGAUGCAGCAAAGAAACCCAAAACCUUUGAGACUGAGAACCUUGGCAAUAUGAUGAUAACGCCUAGCAGUUCUGUGAUUUUGACAAAAUAUGGAACUCGAGGAUGUUAUGGUUCUGUGGUCUUGUACAACCCUACCUCUUCUAAAAUUGGCAUCAAGAUCCUUGAUCCCCCAUUACACCCCGUGAACAUGGAGCAGGGAUCCGGAGUGGUGGAGGUCAAUAGUCAGAAAUAUUUCACAUUGACUUUAGAUUCAAAAGAGACAUUCCACCUGAAUGUCUAUGCUAAAGAUGAAGAAAACAUUAAGGAUUUGGCAAUAUAUUGGUCUACAUUGGACAAAAGCAAAGAGUACAAGCCUGAGGAUAUUGUCAGCAUGGAUAAAUUCUCAUCUCACACGUUGUCCUGUGAGUUAUCUUCCAGUAGCAAUGUACAGAAUGUUGUACCACUUAAAAAAUACCAGCCAAAGGAGAAACCUGUUGGUAAUAUGUACAAGCUGCAGAUAUUUAGGAAUGCUGAACUGAUUGGGGACUACUGGAUUCCGGCAGUGGACUACAGACUAGAGAUUCCCUAUACUGCUGGAGAAUACUCAAUAUAUGCACCAAAAUGUCCAAGUUACUUGUAUCCAGGGAAGUUACAGCGAGGAAUGAAACUACUGGUGACACUGGAUGGGAAUGUCAAACAGAUAGCGGAAGCCUUGAUUACUGAGAUAUAUGAUGGUGGGGGGUAUUGUUUGGAGUACACGCCUGACGGGGCGGAGGAGAAUGAAGUUAUCUGUUAUGAUACCUCCAUGCUGGGGGUAAAGGAAGAAGACUACGACGCAGAGAAAAAAAUUCUCCUCUACAAAGCUGACUCUACUAUGAAGUUCUUGACUAGAACAUAUGUUGCUGCACCACCAUAUCUCAUCUCUAAGGGUGGGGGUAAAAUUUUGGACGAGAUUGACGGAGAUUGGAGGGAGGACUCCCUAGCAACCUACGCCUCGUGUUUCCAGGAUAUAAAGCGAUACACAGUUCAGGAGCAGCAUAUCACAUACAACACUCGUACCCUGGCUAGCUGGCUUACAGGUUAUGGUAAUGGGGGUCAUGUGGAGGAUUCUUUUGCCUUCCUGCCCAGUAAACUGGACGCUAACAUGCUGCUGUAUCCAUCCAUCUCUAACAUGUUUGAGGACAUAGCCGUGCAUCGCCUCUGUUUCUUUGUUGAUCAACUGGUUCACUUUCAAGCACAGAAGAAAAUUAAUUUGAAAAUUCCCAUCCACUUUAUGGAUAUGCCAGCAAUGACCCCAGAACAACCUGUUCCUGUAGAGCUGUCCUAUUGCUGUAACUUCCAGGGUUGGGUUUAUCUGGCGCUGAUUGGACAAAAGCUAUUAUUGCCAUCCUACAGCAAAGUGUUCACAGAUGCUCAGUUAAUGUCCACAGAGAUGGGACAGCUGGAAAGAAAGAGGAUUGAGCAGCUGCUGUUUCACAUUCUUUCUUCCUUUGCGUCCUUGUGUAGUUUAUAUGCUGCACAACACGGUGGAUUGCCAAAUCAAGAGAAUCCUGCUUUUGGUUCUAAUAAGGUCAAGGAUUUGAUAAAAAAUGAGGACGUUGGACCAAUAGUCUACAAAGAAGAAACUAUGGAAGAAAGCCACAAAAUCAUGCGACAGGGUCGUCAGAGAACUUGUAAAGCCCACAUGGUCUCCAUUGUCAAAAAUGAAGGCUUAGUCACAGAAGAUAUUGGCAUUAAGUAUAAGUUCUUUGAACCAUACAAUGAGUUUGUGAAUGCUUUUGAAUGGGAUGUUCCAGACCUGCCUGACAUUCCUAACGAUUUCUUCUCCAAAUUUCCAAAUCUGCAGUAUUUUUCACUGGAAUCGGGGACAUUGGAGAAGGAUUCUAGCUGCCCAGUUGGAGCUUCUAAGCUAGCGGAACUUGAAGCGGUUAAACUGCAGAAUGUGAACAUUCCAGUGUUACCAAAAGACAUUCUGGAGAUUCCCGAGAUGAAGAGCAUGACUGUGAUUAAUCUGCCUAUGAAGAGUAUGGAUGUGAACCUGCCACACAGCAGCAAGCUAAAAAAGUUGGUCCUCCAGGGCCUUCAGUUUAGAUCUGUCCCAAAACAGCUGAAUAUUUUGACAGAGCUUGAAGAAUUAUACCUUGACUACAACCCUAUAAUCACUCUACCCAAAGAACUGGAGCAGCUGUCAAAGCUCAGGAUUCUGUCUGUGAAAGGAAUUCCACUGAUUACAUUUGAGGGAACGAAGGAGAGCAUCACAAAGGAGCAGUACCUCAGCUGGCAUGAACAAAACCCCAUGAUUACAAACUUCAUGUCCAAACAAGCUGUGAUCAAGAUGUUUGAAGAGUUUGACCAAAAUAAGAACAGUGCAUUAGAAUUGAAAGAACUGGCCCAAUUGAAUUUAAAACUCUUCUUCAGCAUUCCUAGAUUUGGAGUUGUUGGAACCAAUUUAAAAAGUGGCGGAGUACCGCCAGUGAUAUUCCAGAUGAAGAACUUACAGGAAUUGUACCUGAACAACCAGGGCAUUCAGAUGAUUCCAGCGGACAUCGCUAACCUGACAAAUCUCCGAGUUCUCAGUCUUACUCACUGUCUGCUACUACAGAGCAUUGCUUCAGCCAUCGGGCUCCUACCCAACAUCAAGAGAUUGAAUCUACACAGCUGUCCAUCAUUAAGGACUCCGCCUCUAGAGGUCGUAGGUCGAGGAUUUGAAUCGGUGAAGGCCUAUUUAAAGCGACUCCAUGGAGGCUUUACAGAGUGUCGCAGAACAAAGCUGAUGUUUGUAGGACUUGGUGAGGCAGGCAAAACUAGUUUAUUGCAAGCCUUGAUGAGCUCAUCAAAGAAGACAGUUGGUACCCAGAAUGCUCAGCUAACUGAUGGUAUCGACAUCAAGACAUGGACAGUUAAAUCCGAGUCGGGGCUCGAUAUUACUUUCUCUGCAUGGGACUUUGCUGGACAGACUGUUUAUUAUAAUACACAUCAGUUUUUCAUGUCCAAGAGAGCUGUGUACAUGCUGUUGUGGAAUAUGAGGAUGGGGUUUGAGCAUGCCGGUUUGGAUUUCUGGUUGAGCUCAAUAGCCUGUCAUGCACCGGACACUCCCAUUCUGGUGAUUGGAACCCAGUCGGAUCAGGUUCCUAAACAGGAGAUUCCAGAAAAGGAUCUGAAGGCCAGAUACCCACAGAUCCAGAGUUUCCAUUAUGUCAGCUCUCUCACUGGAGAUAAAAUCCCCGAGCUUCAGAAGGAACUGCUUUCUGUAACAUUGAGUCAGUCCUACAUGGGAGAAAAAAUCCCACAGGUCUGGCUGAAUCUGGAGAAAAAGAUUCUGGGGGAAAGAGCAAAACACAGCAUUUUGGAUUACAGUGUCAUUGAAGACUUUGCAAUUGAACAUGGAAUAUUUGAUGAAAAAGAUGUGAAGCAGGCAAUAAAAUUCCUUGAUGACCUGGGUACAGUGCAGUACUUUGACAAUGACUUCCUGCGAGACAAAGUAGUAAUUAACCCACAGUGGAUAGUGAACGUGAUGGCAUGUGUUGUGUCAGUCAAAAAAUCCCCCAUACAGAAACACGAUGGGCGAUUUUUGCACGAUCACAUUAAGGAGGUGUGGAGUAGCUAUGAUGAGAGCCUACACAACUGGCUGUUGAGUUUGACAGAGGAGUUUGACUUGACCUUCCCCCUGCCUGGCAAACCCAUUAACAUUGUACCAUGUCUCCUUCCCCUGGAGCCCCCACCAGAGCUGACGUGGCCUGAAUCAGAUGUAGAACAUGGAAUCAGGGAAAACAAGAUGCUGUACAAGUUUGCUUACCUGCCAGCUGGUCUGUUCAACAGAGCUCAGGUCAGAUUAUUUAACUUCUCUGAUGGGAAGAUCAUCUGGAAGAAUGGCUCCUUCCUGAAGAAAAAUAAUCACCUGGCCUUGAUCAAACAGGAAAAUGAUUCAGAAUUAAUGGUGUUGGUUCAAGGUCCACGGCCAGAAAACAUUCUCCUCCUAGUGCAUGAGGUGUUUGAGAGUUUGAUAUUGGAGUCCUUCCACGGUGUGAUAUACGAUUACUUUGUCCCGUGCCCCGACUGUAUCAGCAAAGAGGGAACAAAGGAUCCAUGUUUGUUUAAAGCAGAACUGAUACGCAGAGCUAAAGAUCACAAAGCCCCGUUCCUUCAGUGCACUAAAUACUUCCACACUGUCUCCAUGGGCCAGUUGUUAGAAAUGAUGCCAGAAGAUAAGGACUCUGAUUUUGACAUCCACCUCCAGCACAGCAUCAGUGCUCUACAGUCUAUUAACAACGCCAUGCAGUAUGAUGUUGUCCUCCUCUACUGCUCCGCAGACAUUCCCAGUGAUGUCAAAAAAGAGGUCCACCCAUUUAAAAUCAAGGAGGACCUCUCCCAUUGGGGAUUUUCUGUAUUCAUGCAUGAUGACAUUAAUACAGCUGACCUUAGUGAGCUGACUCUAGCUGUGAAAAACUGCAAGGUUGUGGUGUGUUGUGUCUCGGAUCAGUUUGAGCGAGAUGAGAAGUGUCGGGACAUGUUCCUAUACUGUAAGGAACAGCUCUUUAAGAAGACUGCAAUAGCAGUCAUCAGAGACAGUCUGGAAUGGAAAAACACUGAAAUGGGCAUGAAGAUUGGACAACCAAAAAUGUGCAUGAUCAAGACCCCUGAUAGAUACACAGCUAAAAUUAAUGAUCUAAAAGACAUAGUGGAAGAUCAUAUGGCAGGGCUGGAAAUGUCGAAGACGGAUAACCCUGAUGUUUUUAUCAGCUACUGCUGGCAGAAUUCCCAGGAUGCCGUGAAUCAGGGAACCCAGGCCAGACAAGGAGCCCUGGGGUACGGGGAUCCCCGCAAAAUCAAGGAAUUCCUGGAGAAGAAGGGACUCUCCUGCUGGCUAGAUAUAGAACAGAUGGGGAAGUAUGGUCUUUAUCAAGAGAUUGCUAUUGGUCUACAGAAUUGUAAAGUCAUUGUGGCUUGUGUGUCAGAUGAGUAUGUAGAAUCAGAUGCCUGUAUGAUGGAGCUGAGAUUUGCUGUCUGUAACAUGAACCUCCCUCUGAUUGUGGCAGUGGUGGGGACGGGUGACAAAUGGAAAAGAUCUGAGGUAAGCCUGCUGAUGAGGAGAUCAGAUAAAGGAGCCAGUAAAGUCUACAUGCAGAAGGAGAACCCAGAGGGAUUCGAAGUUCUCUACAAAUAUGUCGUGGAUUCUCUGCCCACCGCAACAGACGAAGCUCUAGCAGAGGAGAAGAAAAAGAAGGAAGCCAAAAAGAAGAAGAAGCAGGAAUCAAAUGAAAAGAAAGUAACCAAUGAGAGGCACUCUUAUCAGGAAGAAUAUGAACUGAUUCAAAGAAAGUUCAUGAGACAUGUCAUCACUAUGACAAAGCAGCUUGACCUUCAACUGAUGCCACGGUUACUGGUCUUUGAUUUUGUCAGAUCAGUCAAUAAACCAAAAGCACAAGAAUCGCCACAAAAUGCAGAGAGACCCAAAACUGCCAGCAAGAGCUUGUUGUCCCGAGCCAGCAAUCUCAAUAAAGAUAGAGUCAAGGCUGAAUGUUUUCCAUUGUAA